AUGGGUAAUUUUCGUUUGGGAGGAGAUAAAAUAAUAUCAACAAGCUCUACCCUCUCCACUCAUGAAAAAUUAGUAAAAAUAUUCAAUGAUAUCUUCAAUGAGCAGGUUGGCAAGUGGGAUUCUCUAAGUUUUGCACAUGGAUUGAACAUAACAGCAAGUAUUGGUUAUUUUAGAGGCUUUACCAGUUCAAAUAAAAUCAGUUUGCCCAUUGAAACGGAUGUUGUACUCCAGGAAAAUCCUAAUGUCAUAUUCAACUCAAAGGUGCCUCAAGAUAUUUUGAAUGCGUUAUAUACUAGAGUAUUUGCCGGACGAUCACAACAAUUUGAACUAAAACCGUUGGCUGAAAGGGUUGAAGUAUUGGAGAAUAAUCCUAACACUUUUCACACAAUUGUCUAUAAGUCACUCCUAAAUCGAAAUAGUCCGUAUGGUUUCGAUUGGACGAAAUGCGUGAGGAGGACAAUAUCAACUUGCUCGGUGUACAGGCCUGCAAAUUAUCACUAUAAAAUAACGGUAGAUAAGGAUGAACUCCUAAACGAUUCUGAGCAAAAAUUGUUGUGUAAUAAUUAUGUUGUAAAACUAUUUAAACCAUACGAAUUUAGGGUUUCAAAGGGUUUCGGGCCAAUUUGGAGAUUGUGUGUGGUGGAGGUGUUUGAACAAGUAGACGACGAAGAUAUUAUGCAAUUGUUUAGCAAUGAUACGAAAAACGAUGCAAUUAAAUCUCAUGAGAUGGAUAAUGAUAAUGAUGUAAAUACAGAUAAACAACUACCCAAUAAACUAAUAGAAAUUAUACAAAAUCUAACACAAUAUCACUCAAUAGAAUUAUAUUUGGAUAGCAAAAAUUUACUUAAACAAUGGAAAAGGUUACAAUUGGAGCAAAUUAAUCGAUUUACAGACCUAAUUUGGAUGUAUGAAAGAAAUAUUAUCAGUUUGACCAAUAUAUUCACAUCUAUCCACUGUGAAAACUCUGAAAAUGAAUUUGGAUCUGGAGAUUUUUAUCCUUUUCUAUUCGGUGAUCAUUCACAGGAAAUUCGAUUUCAUUAUGAUACCAAAAGGGUGCUUAAACAACAAGGUUCUGCAAUUGAAUCGCUUAGAAAACAUAAUAAUAUGGUGAAGAGAGGAUUAAUAUAUGUUUUUGUCAAAAAAAAUAGUAGGGUCCUAGAUUUAGCCUGUGGUAGGGGACAAGAUUUGGAUAAAUAUUCAUCUGUGGGCAUCAACUAUUUAGUAGGCAUAGAUAUAUCUUCCCGGGAGAUUCAAGAAGCCAGGAGAAGGUUUAAUCAGAGAAAAAAUUCAUUCUCCUUUACUGCAGAAUUCCACCACGGCAAUCUACUUGAUUCCAAAACAUAUACUUCCUUUCUCUCUGGUAAAAAAUUUUCAUUAAUCUCCAUUCAGCUCGCAGUGCAUUAUCUCAUUUCUACAAUAGAUUCAUUGAAUUUAUUUUUAAAUAAUAUACUGAAUUACAUGAGUGAAGAUGGUUAUUUCAUUGGUUCCACAGUGAUGGUGGAAAGGCUUGUUGAUGGAUUGGUGGAUGAGGUGUGUGGUAGGGCUUAUAUCAAGGGCAACUCCAUCUCAUUCGGUAAUUCAAUAUACAAUAUAACAUUCUCAAGUGAUACAAUGGAACAAAUUGCAUCUAAUAUCGAUUUAUCUGGCCCAUCGGAGACUGUUAAACAACAACUGUCAGAUUACCUUAAUAACACAUUCAGUAUCGCCUAUACAUUCUCUCUAAUUGAGUCUAUUGACGCCAAUGAAUAUGUUUUACCAUGGAAAAGAAUUGUGAAUGUAGCUUCUCAGAUGAAUUUGAAACUUGUUUGCGAUUCUUCUUUUGACGAAUAUUUCGACUAUUUGCAAAUUGAGACUAAAAGUGGUAAGCCUGUGUAUCAGGAUUACCAAUUACACCUGAAAAGGCUGAAAAAAAAUCCAUUGUCACAUGAAGAGAUUGAGGUUUUCAGGUUGUACAAGGUGUUUGUUUUUAAGAGGUUAAGUGAAGUAGAUCGGUCUUAUCUAGGCGGCGUAUCCAUUAGGAAACCUUGA